AUGAUGGAGUUUUUGGUGGUUCUUCUCCCAGCUGUAUUGAGCAGUGACUGUAAAUUCAUGCCAUUUGACUGUUCUGACAUUUAUAACUCAGGAGAAACAGUCAGUGGGAUUUACUCCAUCUAUCCAGCAGGUGACAUUCCUGUCUGGGUUUACUGUCAGAUGAUCUCAGAUGGGAAAGAUGAAGACAAAGGAGGAUGGACGGUGAUUCAGAGGAGAAUGGAUGGCAGUGUAAAUUUCUAUCGGCCGUGGAAUCAGUACAAGAGAGGAUUUGGGAAUGUGGAGAGUGAAUACUGGCUGGGGCUGGAGAACAUGUACCAGCUGACACGCAACAGGAAGUACAUGCUGAGAGUGGAUCUGGAGGACUUUGAAAGAAGGAAGGGUUUUGCUCUGUACUCUUCCUUCUCUGUGGAUUGUGAAUGUGUCGGAUAUAAACUGCAUGUUUCAGGGUUCACUGAUGGAGGAGCUGGUGACUCGUUGACCCACCACAGUGAUAAGAAGUUCACAACCUUUGACAAAGAUCAGGACUUCCAUGAAGGUAACUGUGCCAAACAGUAUCUUGGGGCAUUUUGGUACAAUUACUGUCACAGAACAAACCCCAACGGUGUGUAUUUAUGGGGAGAAGAUCCCACCCAUUAUGGCGUUGGUAUUUCUUGGUACACCUGGAAAAAUAAUGAUAUUAUCAAUAUGAAAUCCAUUAGCAUGAAGAUCAAAAGUGUUUUCUAG